GCGCCUUUUCGUAGCCCCGCAAUCAAACGUCGCUCGCGAUCGAACUCGUGCACCCUCGCACUAAAUCGUCGAAAUUUUCACCGACAAACUACGUAAACUCGUGCGAACGCUACAAACAAUUCGCAAAUAAAAAACUAGAAGAAACACGAAGAUUGUUCCUGGAUCUCUCGGUCGAAUCGUGAUCGUUAAACCGAGAAUCUGCGUGAUCGCAACGAAGAUCGAGGAGAAUUUCGAAAGUCGGUGCACCAAGUGCCUUUUUUCUUUCUGUUUUUUCGUUUCGGAGGGGCUCCGUUUUGUCCCGCCCCUCUGGGCGGCUCCUGGCUACCGGAAGUAUCCUCGUCUUGACGGACUUCUUCUCGCAGUACCAGCCAGGUACCGGUCGACAGAAUGUUUUCCUCCUCGAGGCUUUUCCCGCCGAUUUUCUUCGCGGCACUCUUCCUCUGCAUCGGGCUGGCACACGGUAUCAGAUGUUACAAAUGCGGACAGUACAACGAGGGAGUAGGCAGUAUUACGCCAUGCAUCAAUUACACCGCUCACAUGCAUCUGAAGGAAUGUCCAUCGUCGGCCGAGUGGUGCAUCAAAUACGUCAGCGAGGGCUCGACGGUGCGAGACUGUGUCCCGACGUGCGUCGAAAAGGAGGCCUGGAGCACGAGGACGUACUGUUGUCAGCAAGAUGGCUGCAAUUCGGCCCCGUCGUUCGCGUCCAGCAGCUCCAUCGUGAUCGUAGCUGCGUCGAUGGUCCUGCUGGUGGUCGGACGAACACUUCGUGGCUAAUACGUCGCUAGAAGCGACGAGGAACCGCAAACGGAAGCACCGGGAUCCAUCUAACGCGAACAAGGUCGGAGGAACGUUGCAUCGCGCGCUAUACCAUUCAAUCUGGCCACCUUGUUGCUGACUGGAUGCUGACUGGUCGAUAGUUGUCGCUCAUGUAUCGACAGAACCGAUUUCCAUUCACCUUUUCUACAUCUCGUCUUUCCUUCUCUCACGUUUCUCGAUGGACGGCAGUUUUGUGUUUCAUUUUCUGUUCCGUGAAAUUAUCUUUGAUAUUCUAUGAGUUCUUGAAUUUUAACCUCAUGGCAGUCUUGAAUUUUAACCUCAUGGCAGUCUUGAAUUUUAACCUCCAGGGCUUUGAAUUUUAUGGGGACUUCGUGAAAUCCUUGAAUCGAACAUGAAGAACUUUCUCAUGAGCUUUUAAUUUUUAAUAAUUAAAUUGACAUGUAACUACUGUAUUGUCUAGAAUUUUAAACUUGCAAAUUUUUUAGCGAGUGUCAUACAAAUUUCUAAUUUCCUUUUUGCUCGAAAUUUGAAAUCAGAGUUUGUUCGAUACAAUAAAGUACUGAAAUUAAUAACAAUAGAUUGGAAACCCAAUUCCAAUAUUGGAAGAUGUAUAAAAGUCAUUUCUCUCUGUGACCACCGUUUUUAGGGUUGUCGAUACGCUCCAUUACUCAACGAAGGAAUAAUUUUUCAUGGGGAGCUUACACCGCGGAUCGAUUUCUUUUCACCAAUUUCUACCAGUCAGCUUUCUGUCCGUCGGUGACACUCGCCACUUCAGCGUCCUCGAAUACAAUUUAUUCGAGAACUUUCACUCUUUGACCCCAUAUUUGUCGUUUGCACGUAAGGGUGCGAUGAUUUCACAUUUUUUCGAAGAAACAUUUUUAUUUAAAAUUUGCCUUUAAACACCUACUUUAAAUAUUGCCUUUA